AUUUAUGAUACUCUCGUCGACGGUGAAAUGGUAAUCGACAAAGAUAAAAAGACAGGUCUAACUAUACCCAGAUAUUUGAUAUACGAUGUUGUGUGCUACAAUGGGGACAGCUACAUCGAGUACGCCUUUUUCUCGGAAACACUGUUCAGCCGUUUGAAAUGUAUCACUGAAAAUAUCAUAGCUCCUCGCCUCAAAGCAAUGCAACACUGUCUAAUCAACAGAGAUCGCGAACCAUUCGGUGUACGUGUCAAAGAAUUUUAUGAUGUGAUAGCAGCGAAAAAAUUGCUCGCGCCAAAAUUCACCGAGUCUCUUGGCCAUGAAACAGACGGUCUCAUCUUCCAGCCAUCCCUCGAAGCUUAUAUUCCAGGCCAAUGUAAUUUGGUGUUGAAGUGGAAACCACUGACCAUGAAUUCGGUUGACUUCAAAUUGAAGAUUGGCACAGAAAGCGGAGCUGGCAUCCUAACGAAGAAGGUUGGUAAUCUAUAUGUUGGUGGGCUGGAACAACCGUUUGCACAGUUCCCAAAAUUAUCGACACAGAUUAAGCAAUUGGACGGAAAAAUAAUCGAGUGCAAAUUCGAGGACAAUCAAUGGAAAUUCAUGCGUGAAAGAACUGACAAAUCGUUCCCAAACAGCUUCAAAACGGCCAUGGCGGUGUGGGAAAGUAUUCAGAAUCCGGUGACAUACGAAAAACUUGAAAAAAGUAUUGAGCGGCUAGGAAAUAGUGCAGAGCACUGCGGCCGAAGCAACAUCAAAUGAUUGCGAUGACGAAGGGAUUAGCGAACCAUCGUCACACUUCUCGCAAUGGGAACUGUAUCAAUUGGACCUGACCAAUUUGUACUUGAUAUUUGGUACAAAGCAAAUGGGCAUGUCACGUAUCAAUUUAUACGAAGCCAUUUACCGCUUGAUGGCCAAUGCACUUCCAUUGGAAACGCAUCGGCUGCUUGAUCGAAACAUAAUGAUAAUGCGUCAGUCGAAACCAAAUUUAAUUUGUGUGGUCGGAAGCAAGGGUAACUCAGACGAUUUGUAUGUGUGCGGUUAACGAGAACGAGCCCGAUCAAUGAUGCUCGUUUGCAAAUAUUCGCAAGCUCAAGUGGGCAUCGAACGUGCCGGCCUUUUGACACAAGCCGCAGCGAUAUUCAAACAAAUCGAAGACACGGUGAAAACCAAUAAAUGUGGAGAUGAGCGAGAUGAGAUAAGCUACAAAGAAUGAAUUUAAGAGCCACAGUGUUUUGCCUCUUUAUCGAACGGACAGUUCAUAUUAAUAAUCUUUUCGGUAUCAUUUUGCUUAUUAUAUUGUAACAUUUGUUUUAUAUAAGUUAUUUAUGGUCGGCGCCAAGAAAAAAAAUGAACCGACCACAUGACCUUCUCAUUCUUUUAUAGUACGAAUGUUUUUUUUUUCGUUGGGAU